AUGGCCACACCCUUCAGGGCCAAAGCGGCCAGCGCCAUGCUGGACACCGGAACAAAGUUCCGAGUGCUGGGUGGCCGCGGCAAGAGCAAGGCCAAGGCAGUCAACAAGACUUCUGGCAGGUGCAUCGAUGUGCAAGAUUGGAUGGGCCGGAUGGCGGACCUUCCACGCAUCAUGAGUGUCACUCAGGCCAUUUUCUUGCAGUUGGAGACGCCCUGCCACGAGGCGUUGCUCCGCGUGGCCCUGGAGCUGGCUCUGGACUCUGAGGCCCGGCGCAGCUUUGCUUGGACCGCUUCUUGGUAUCAUGACGACGCCAAGCGCGAGUGGUUCCGGCACAAGGUGAAGGAGAAGCUCCAUCGCGUCUUCAGGAUGCUGGAGGUGCCC